CGUCACUGGCGUAGAGGCAGUGGUAAAUUAUUGUAUUUACACAAUGACAAUCAGCUGAUGAUGUUAUGUUGUCAUGCUUAGUCUGUUUUCUUUUUACUUUUUCUUAUAACAAAUUUAAAGGUAUUUAGCUAAAGGCAUUAACACUGAGUAUUAAGUGUUUGACAGAGUAAUCAGACCGUCAUAUGCGAUCAUGAGUGUGCCGUGUUUUGUUAAAACGCUGGCCAGAAGUUUCUCCGCUGGACUGGGACUGUUCAGACCGGCUGUAUUGUGUUCAAGUAAAGACACACUCACACGGAAAAUUUCAUCCAGGAGACAGACUGACCACCUGGAGAGAACCGCUAGUGUUUACAGACAAAUGAAACUUUUCUCUGCACGUGUUUGUGGCAUUAUAAAUGAAUCUGAUGCAGUAAAGAGACUGAGAUUGGAGGUGCCACAUCCUGACUUCAGCUUCCAUGCAGGACAGUGGGUGGAUUUCUUCAUCCCAGGUGUGGAUACAGUGGGUGGCUUCUCCAUUUGCUCCAGUCCUGGCCUGCUGCAGAGGGAGGGAGUGAUUGAGCUGGCAGUCAAAUACACGCGUCAUCCUCCUGCACACUGGAUUCACACCAGAUGCUCUGUGGACUCUGAAGUAGCUGUGAGGGUGGGGGGCAAUUUCUAUUUUGACCCUCAACAUUCUGACCCAGUGGUUGACCUGUUACUGGUAGCUGGUGGUGUUGGCAUCAACCCUCUGUACUCCAUCCUGCUGCACGCAGCUGACCUGCACAGACAAUCACAUGAUCAUGGAUACACGCCAGGGCACACACAUCUCUGCUACAGUGCCAAGAACACUAAGGAGCUGCUCUUCAAGAACACCAUUAUUGACAUCUGCCGUGAGCUUCCAGAUAAAUUGUCCUGCGAAUUCCAUGUUACUCAGCAGAGCUCUGACAUAGAGCAGGAGCUUGAGCCUUACACUAUCAGUGGAAGGAUAUCAGAAGAGGUGCUACAGCGUUGUGUUGACCUUGAGCGUUCGUUGUGUUAUCUUUGUGGGCCGCCUCCUAUGAUAGAGAAAUUGAGUGUAGGCCUGCAAAAGCUCGGCCUAUCGGGGGACAGAAUCCUUUUUGAGAAAUGGUGGUAGCCCCACCCCUGUAUCACCACAAGCUCCGCCCAUAUCAGAGAACCCAGAGAUGGACAUCUGCAUCUGUGGCAUAAAACAACGCACUGUAAUGGGCCAGUAAUACCUUUUGUGUUAAUUAUUUGCAACGCACAACAGACAAUAUGUCUGCAUUCUUCUGGACUUGGAAAUACUCUCUACUGAAAACACUUCUGUGGAUUCUGUGUGCCCCUGAAUGAAAAUAUGCUGUACAGUAUAUUUAAACUUUUUGAUGUGAGGUUACAGAGUCCUUUUAAACUUAAACUAUUUCUGUUAUACCUCAUUUUAAAAAGGGCCACAACAAAUCGGUCAUAACCUGUGUCGAAACAUUCUAAAUUAUAGUUAAUUUGCUGGUUAACUCUACGUCGCAGUCCUACUUUGAGGGCGAGUUGAAAGAUUGCACACACAGAUUGCACAGGGGUAUUUUUUUCUAGAGAUCUAUGUACAAUUACAUGUGUUGUUUGCAGUUAAAUGAUAGAAUACUUUUUUUAUUAAUAUUUAAAUAUUGUUCAAAACUGGAUUGAUGAAUGAGGAUGCUUUAACAAAGUCUUUAAAGGAAUAUUUCGUGUUUAGUACAAGUGAAGCUCAGUCGACAGCAUUUGCGGCAUAAUGUUGAUUAUCACAAAAAUGUAUUGACUUUUCCCUCCUUUUCUUUAUGAAAAAUUGGGGUUACAGUGAAGCACUUACAAUGGCAGUGAAUGGGGCCAAUUUUUGGAGGCUUUAGAGCCAGAAAUGUGAAGCUUCUAAUGUAACAAGCACUUAUAUUAAUUCUUCUGUUAAAACUUGUGUAUUAUUUGAGGUAACAUUUUUUAAAUUGUAAUUUUUGCGGGAUCACAGUAUUACGUGUUCAUGGCAAUAAAGUCAAAAAAUUGAAAAUAACUGUAUACAGAAAAGUUUAGUAAGCAAUUUUAUCAUACUAGCGUUCUUUUAUUUUUUAAUCUUGUGGCCAUAAUGAGUAUUUUAACAUUUAUGGAUUGGCCCCAUUUACUUCCCUUGUAAGUGACUCACUGUAACCCAGAUUUUGUAUUUUAAAACAAAGGAGGGACAAGUCAAAGUUAAUUUGUGUAGUAAUCAAAAUAAUGUCACAAAUGCUGUCAAUUCAGUUCAACUUGUAUUGAACCCGGUAUAUUCCUUUAAGGUGUCAUGAAAUGGAAAAUCAAAUUUUCCUUGAUAUUUAGAUGUGUAAGAGGUAACUGUACGAUUAAAACAUACUGUAAAUUUCAGAACUCAAAACUUCCCAGUCUAAAAAGAGCAUUUAAAGUUCCCACCAGUUUGAAACAUCAGGUUUUGAAAACUGUGUUCGUGACGUCACGAGACAUUGCUCAGUUGUAUUUACACGCCCCAUAACAUGCGUCAUGCACCCUUGGCCCUGCCCACUGCCGGUCAGUUGGUAUUAUAAACGGAGAGGGAGAGAGACAGGCCUAGUGUGACCAACUAUUUCUUAACAUCAAACGAGACCCAUUUGGACUAUUUUGAAGUUUUUUGUGCAUGUUACAUGCAUUACACAGAUGUCUUUGACCAUUGUCAGGUUUAUCGCGCCACUUUUAAAAGACACGUGUUAGUUACAACUCAGUAAUGGAGACUCCGUUUGGCUUCAUUCAGCUGCUCUACUUCUAGCUGUUCUUGCAGCCAUCUGCACUAUUUUUAAUUGUUGGUGUAUGUAAACAAGCACUGGCUGAAAGUCUUUGACCGUUUGAAUGUGUUUCUGGCGAUCUGCGCCUCAGUGCACCUAUGUGUGCACGUCAUUUUUCAUCGUGCUAUGGACCGUGUGCGCGAAUAUCAGUGUGGACUGCUUGUGAACCAGUCAUAAUACAAUUCAGGUGCUGCAAAGGAACUGUUGAAGAAGGGGGCAGUUAAAAACACUUGGACUUGACUGCAAAAUGAGUAAACAGUUUCAUUCAUGACUGUUUGAUAGUUAUGGUGCUGAUGUGCUUGAGUGAAGUUUAAUAUUCAGAUGCAAUGUGUUGGAUGUGUGUUUUGUGUAAACCCUGAAAUUUAGUUUUAUAAUGUUGUGGAGAGCUUGUAUAUUCGCUUCCAAUUGCAUUUCAAAUGUGGCUGAAUUUGAGAGGCUGCACAAUGUUAGCCAAUCAGAACAGUGGGCGUUUACAUUGAAGUUUAAAGGAGACACUGAGGCCAAAAAAGACUGUUUGAGAAAGAGGGCCAGAAACAGUGGGGAAUUAUUAUUAAACUAUGACUGUUUUGGUGCAAAAAACUUUACUGACAUUAUCAGUGGACCUCAGGGAACAUAAAAUUAUAAAACAAAUAGCAUUUCAUGACCCGUUUAACUAUAGAGUGCAACAGUGUGGUUCUGGAAGUAAAAGUUUGUCUCCCUACACUCUCGAACUACUAAUAUGUUUGUAAAGUUAGUCUUGUAUCUUUUUUUCUUCUUCUGAAUUUUCAAAUACUUUUUUUUUUUUUUUGCUUCAAAUCAAAGUUUGAAAUGUUUUUUGGCUUGGUUCACAGCUUACAAUAGUUUAUGAAGAAUUCUAUAAAAUCCCUAUAGAAAAAAAGAAUGGAAAAAAUACUUCCAGAACCAAGAUAACUGAAAAAAAGGUGGCACUGUUUACAAAAUAUCUUUGUAAAGUCACAGUGAAAAUACUACACAGAAAAAAAAGCACAAGCUGUAAAUGAUGUGCCUUUAAUUGUACUCAAAUGGCCAUUAGUGUGAACUUUUAUUUACACCAUAAACUGUUUCACAGACUUCCACUAUAACUGCAAAUUUACAAAGUUAUUUCCUGCUGUUAUUACUGUGCAUACUUUCAAUAAAUGAAAAAUCUUGUAGA